AGCCCAUCAGUAGUCAAAAGAGUAAUGGAGAAGACCCCCACAACCCAACCAAAUAAGGAAAAAAAGAAAAAAGAGAAAAGGAAAGAAAGCAAAAGCACAGCACAACUGCAAAUUAGCCUUUGAUUAAACAAUGAAAAUCUUGCAAAUUAGUCUUCAACAUAAAAAUCACCAAACAUGCAAAGACAGUGUGUCCCCCAAACACCACAUCUCAAAGAAAGCCCAGGUCACAUAAAAUCUAAUCUUGUAAUUCUUUUAUCUGUAACAAGCUUAGCGUGAGCCAUUCCAAUUUCAUAUAUAUACACUCUCACACUUCACUACCCACUCACUCUCUGUAUUGUUUAUUUUCAUCUCUACAAUGGCUGGAACAAGGCUUCUCGUUCAACUUCUCUUCACUCUCCUUCUUUUCACUUCUCCAUUUGUGUGCUCUAGAACCUUACUACACCCCUCCAAAACUACACUUCUUGAUGUCGAAGCCUCCAUUCAAAAAGCCGAAGCUAUAUUCACUUCUUCUGCCACUAAAAUGACACCCUUUAACCAGCAAGAGAUAGUAACUUCCUCAUCUCAGCUUACAAUGGAGCUACACUCUAGAACUUCAGUUCAAAAAACUAAACACCCAGAUUACAGAUCACUUACCUUAUCACGACUCGAGCGUGACUCAGCCCGAGUCAAAUCUAUCAAUACUCGUUUAGAUCUAGCAAUUCACGGCCUCUCCACGUCAGAUCUUAAACCAUUAGAUACUGAUUCACAAUUUAGAGCUGAAGACCUUCAAGGCCCGAUUAUUUCGGGAACGAGUCAAGGAAGCGGUGAGUAUUUCUCUCGAGUUGGAAUCGGCAAACCGUCAAGUCCCGUUUAUAUGGUACUCGACACCGGUAGUGACGUGAACUGGAUACAGUGCGCACCCUGCGCCGAUUGCUACCAUCAAGCAGACCCGAUUUUCGAGCCGGCUUCUUCAACUUCAUAUUCUCCUCUCUCUUGUGACACCAAACAAUGCCAGUCUCUUGACGUGUCUGAAUGCCGUAACAACACGUGUCUCUACGAAGUAUCAUACGGCGAUGGAUCAUAUACCGUCGGCGAUUUUGUUACAGAGACCAUAACUCUCGGCUCGGCUUCGGUUGAUAAUGUAGCCAUUGGGUGUGGUCAUAAUAAUGAAGGUUUGUUUAUUGGAGCUGCUGGUUUGCUUGGACUUGGCGGUGGCAAACUUUCAUUUCCGUCUCAGAUUAAUGCUUCCUCGUUUUCGUAUUGUCUUGUCGAUCGUGACUCUGACUCGGCUUCUACUCUUGAGUUCAACUCGGCUCUGCUUCCUCACGCCAUUACUGCUCCUUUACUGCGUAAUCGUGAGCUUGAUACGUUUUAUUAUGUAGGGAUGACGGGGUUAAGCGUUGGAGGUGAGUUGUUAUCGAUUCCCGAGUCAAUGUUUGAAAUGGACGAGUCAGGAAAUGGAGGGAUUAUUAUCGACUCGGGGACGGCGGUUACUCGGCUGCAAACGGCGGCGUACAACGCCUUGCGCGAUGCAUUUGUUAAGGGGACCAAGGAUUUGCCUGUAACGAGUGAGGUGGCGUUGUUUGACACGUGUUAUGAUUUGUCCAGGAAGACUAGUGUUGAGGUGCCCACGGUGACGUUUCAUCUCGCUGGUGGGAAGGUGUUGCCGUUACCGGCUACGAAUUACUUGAUACCGGUCGACUCGGACGGAACGUUUUGUUUUGCAUUUGCCCCAACGUCAUCGGCUCUGUCAAUUAUUGGGAACGUGCAGCAGCAAGGGACACGUGUCGGUUUCGAUUUGGCAAAUUCACUUGUCGGGUUUGAGCCUCGUCAAUGCUAGAGAUUGAUGAAAAUAAAUAUAAAAUGUCUGACUAAUGCUUUUGUUUAUUUAAUUUUACAUCUCUUAAAGGUGAUGUAUAGUAGAAGGAAAGGUAGGAAUGAUUCUAUAUAAAAAAAAGUAAAAAAGAAAAGAAAAGGAUGUUGUCGAUA